AUGGCUCCCACUAAGCAUCGCUUCCCCAUGCUCCUGCUCCUGCUCCUAUGCUCCUACCCCGCAGAAGCUGCAGCCAUGAUCAACAGCACCAAAGCACCUUGCCUCCCAGCACAAGCUUCUUCCCUCCUCCAGCUAAAAGGUUCCUUCAUCGUUGCCAACGCCCGCUUGUCAUCAUGGCAAGCUGGAACAGACUGCUGCCACUGGGAGGGCAUCAUCUGCAACACGGGCUCCGGGAGAGUCAUUUCUCUUGACCUCGGUGGGUUCAACUUGAUGAGCCAUCGUCUACACCCUGCGCUCUUCAACCUCACCUCUCUCAGGAAUCUCAACCUUGCUUUCAAUGACUUCACUGGCGUCCGCUUCCCAGCAUCUGGGUUUGAGCGGCUCACAGAUAUCACCCCUGAACUUCUCCCAAACCUACUUUAUUGUUUCCAAACUUUUAUGGCAAAUAUGAGCAAUCUGAGGGAGCUCCAUCUUGAUUGGGUGGAUCUAUCUAGCACUGGGUCGACUUGGUCUGCUGUUUUAGGGCAUGCAGUUCCUCAGCUACGGAUUCUGAGCUUGUCUCAGUGUGGUUUAUCAGGUUCUAUUGACCCUUCCUUCUCAAGGCUUGGCGAACUGACAACAAUCAACUUCGGGAGUAACUAUGAGUUGUAUUUUCAAGAGCCAAAUUUCCGAACCUUCAUGGCAAAUAUGAGCAAUCUCAGGGAGCUCCGUCUUGAUUCAGUGGAUUUAUCUAGCAGUGGGUCGACUUGGUCUACUGCUUUAGCAGACUCUGUUCCCCAGCUACAGAUUCUUAGCUUGCAUGCGUGUGGUAUAUCAGGUUCUAUUCACCCUUCCUUCUCAAGGCUUCGCUCACUGGCAUCGAUCAACUUCAGAGACAACGAAUUCAGUGGCAAAGUCCCUGAGUACUUUUCUGAACUGUCUUCCUUGAGCAGCCUUGACAUAUCAGGCAAUCAUUUUGAAGGGCAAUUUCCAACAGAGAUCUUCCAGCUAAAGAGUUUGAUGAUGCUUGAUUUACAUGCGAACCCCAUGCUUUUCGUGAGAUUUACAUAUUUCCCAGCUGGAAACCGUUUGCAGUACCUGGAUCUAGCGGGGACCAACUUCACUUAUGACACGCCACUCUCUUUUGCCAAUCUGACGUCUCUCCAGACUUUGAGCCUUACCACGGGAACCAUGGCCAAGGAACUCCCCACUUCAAUAAGGUUUCCGUCACUGAAUGGACUGGAACUAGAGGGAUCUGGCUUGGAGAAACCAGUACUAUCUUGGGUUGGCAACCUUAAAGAUUUGAAAUACCUGAGCCUCGAUGGCUAUGACUUCUCUCAAUCAACACUCUCUUGGAUCAACAACCUGACAAGGCUUGAAACGUUUUUCAAUUUUUCUGGCCCAAUACCGUACCAGAUUGGAAAUCUUGCCAAUUUAAGAGAGUUUUCCAUUGAAUUUUGUGACUUCUCUGGGUACCAAAUACCAUCAUGGAUCGGCAAUCUUACAAAGUUGAUAUCUCUGGACAUUUCUGAUAACAAUUGUUUAUCUGGGCCAAUACCCUCAACAAUUGGGAACCUGAUCCAAAUCAAAUGGCUGCGGCUUUCUAGGAACAACCUCACCGGAUUUUCGCAAAUUAAGGAAAUUGACUUAAGUGAUAACCAAUUGACAGGCCAAAUACCCGAAUCACUUUUUCAGCUUGCAAACCUCCAGAUUCUGUAUCUCGACUCAAAUAAAUUGAUGGGUACAAUAAAACUUAUCUCUAUCUGGGGGUUGACAAAUCUCAAUGAGCUUGACCUGUCUAACAAUAUGAUAUCACUCAUAGACACCGAAGGUGAUACUAUAGCUCCUUAUCUUCCUAGCAUCGAGUACUUAAAUUUUGCAUCUUGCAAUCUUAGAGAACUUCCAGAUGCACUUAGAUAUAUUGACACUAUUACAGACCUUGACCUUUCUAAUAACCAAAUUAAAGGGGCUAUACCAAGUUGGGUGUGGGAGAACUGGAAGGACCAGCUUAACACUUUGGACCUUUCACACAAUAUGUUUACUACAUUAGAGAAGUCACCUUCUCUUGUUCAUAUGACGAAUUUAGCCUUUCUUGAUCUAAGUUCUAAUAGACUUGAAGGAACCAUACCAAUACCAGUAACCGGAUCUGAGGUUAACGUUGUUGUGUUGGAUUACUCAAAUAAUAGCUUCUCCUCCAUUGUAUCUAACUUUGGUAGGUAUCUUAUGAAUGCUAUCUAUAUCAAUUUGCCCAAAAAUAAAUUAAGUGGUCAUAUACCAGCUUCGGUUUGUAGUUUGAACAAACUUGAUAUCAUGGACUUAUCUUACAACUACUUUGAUGGACCAGUCCCAUCAUGUCUCGUAGAAAGAGGAAACCUGACUGUAUUAAAAUUAAGAGAAAACAGACUGCAUGGGGUGCUGCCAAAAAAUAUUGGAGAAGGAUGUACACUACCUACAUCACUAGAAAAUUGCCAAGACUUAGAGUUCCUUGAUGUUGGUAAUAAUCAUAUUGUUGGUUCAUUUCCAUCUUGGGUGGGUACUCUUCCAAACCUUCAAGUUCUUGUAUUGAGAUCUAACCAACUCAAUGGCACUAUAAGGGAUCUUCACAGUGUCAGUAAAAGUAAUAUAAGUUUCACAAGUUUGCAAAUAAUUGAUUUAUCCACCAACCAUUUCUCUGGUUACUUGCAUUCAGAAUUGUUUGAGGGUUUUAAAUCUAUGAUGAAUAACAACAACGACAAGGGAGAAAUUUUAGAGCACAAUUACACAAACGGGGUGUCAAAGAAUGAUAUCUAUCAAGACACUAUCACUAUCACUAUCACAUACAAAAAUUUUGAUUUUAUUUUGACCAAGAUCCAGACCACUUUGAAAGUAAUAGAUUUCUCAGAUAAUUCAUUUCAUGGUCCCAUUCCCAAGUCAAUUGGUAGGCUUGUUUCACUCCAUGGACUUAAUGUGUCGCACAACAACUUCACGGGACAGAUUCCAUCACAGCUUGGUAACUUGACUAGGCUGGAAUCUAUGGAUCUCUCCUGUAACCAUCUCUCAGGGGAAAUCCCACAAGUUCUGACCUCUCUAACUUUUCUCAGUUGGCUGAAUCUUUCAUACAACAAUUUGACUGGAAGAAUACCACAGGGAAACCAGUUCUUUUCAUUUCCAUACAGUUCUUUUGAAGGCAACGCAGGCCUUUGUGGAAGUCAAGUGUCUAAACAAUGUGACAAUCCUAGUUCAACUACUCCAAAAGCGAUAGAUCAUCAAGAAUCCAAAAGUUUGUGGCAGGACAGACUUGACGCCAUCCUUUUGUUCACAUUUGUUGGCUUGGGGUUUGGAGUGGGUUUCACAUUGGCAAUCUUGUCCAGAACCUUUCGUCACGUAGAAGGAUGGAUUUGCAAGCAUUUCUGUAUCCAUAUGUCUGAUUAUUCUGUGUCAGGUCUGAUUCCCAGAGAUAGUGGUGUUAUCUCAAGGUGA